ACUAGACACCUCUCAAUUGAUUCCGAAGAAAAAUCGGCAAAAAUCGGUAAAAAAUCGGCAGAAAAUCGGCAAAAAAUCGGCGACCGAUCGCAAUCGUCUGACCAAAAAUCAGCUAAAGAUGAAUUCUUGGACCGUAAUUAUGUGCCUUCUAUCCUGCGGAUAUGUGUGGAGCGAUAAAAUCUAUCAAGGAUCAGGUGAAGAGUCGACCAAAGCCCUGGAGUACGUGGUGGAAGACGAAUACAGUUUUCCUGUCAUGUCGAGAGAUGUGGCCCUCUUGGCAGCGACAAUCGAGAGAAUCGAAGACGAAAUCUGUCGAGAUCACGUCAGAAUGGUGAUCGAGGGCAUCCAGAAUCUGACAACCUGGGCAGUGAAGUUUUACGAUGCAUCAGGAAAAUUUCCAGAGGGUCUACUCGCGGGUUCGAGUUAUCAACUCGGAAAUUUCGACGAGUGCCUCCAGAUCGGUGACGAUGAUGGCACACCUCCAGGUCUUUCCGGUAUGUAUUGCCUAGGGGAUGUUGAUAUUGAUGUACCAGAGGACUACGCCAACAGAAAAACUACCAUCUGGGAAAAAUUCAGGAAGUCCACCAAGAGGUAUGAUGAAUCCAUAAAACGAUUGCAUUGGGGCAUAUGCGUUCCUGCUGUCUGCACUUCUGCCGAUAUUCAACAAGUCAUUCAGAAGAUCCUUGAUCUAGCAUUCAGUGGCAAUCGCGUGGCACUCGAUCCUUCAGUUGACGCCAAAAGGUGCUACAAACGUCAAACACACCAGCUCGACACUUUUGAUAUUCUAUAUAUCGCAAUCAUCUCUGGAAUCGCUCUGAUAAUUGCACUAGGUACAUUAUUCCACAUAAUGCUCCUGCGACGUAACCGAGAGACAAAAGGAAUAAUUUCCGAGCUGUUAAUAUCCUUCUCGCUAAUAUCAAACAUUAAAAAAUUAUUUGGUCCUCCAAACGACGACGGAUUGAACCUAGACUGCAUAUCAGGGAUAAAAUUCCUGGCCAUGGGAUUCAUCAUAGCUGGACACUGUCUCGUCUUCGUGAUCGGUGGACCUGUUUUGAACAUCAAUUUCUGGUCAGCAGCUGUCACAAAAAUCGAGAAUGCGGUAUUUUUGAAUAAUCCACUGCUGGUGGAUACAUUUUUACUACUCAGUGCAUUCUUAUUCACUCGAAUUGUCCUGAAGGUGCUAGACAAUCAGAGAUCGGUUAACUUUCUCUUCCUGUAUAUUCUCCGUUACAUCAGAUUGACACCGGCGUAUUUGGUGACACUAGGACUCUAUGUCACUUGGCUGUCUCGACUCGAUUCUGGACCUCUUUGGUAUAAAAUCAUUGACGAGAGGGAAAGGUGUCAAGCAUCCUGGUGGAUUAAUAUUCUCUACGUCAAUAAUUAUGUCAACACCGACCAAUUGUGCAUGUUCCAGUCCUGGUAUUUGUCAGUUGAUACACAGCUGUUCAUUUUGGCGCCUGCAAUUAUUUAUCCGCUAUGGAAGUGGAGGAAAAUCGGAGAAUUACUUCUAGGUGCUGCUACUUUUAUCUCUCUAGCUGUACCUUUUGGUGUAACUUUGUUCGAUCGACUAGACCCGACGCUCAUGGCGUACAGAGAAGAGAUCGAGGACAUUUCCACUAAUGAAUUCUUUCGGAAGAGUUAUAUUAAGACUCAUAUGAGAGCUAGUGCGUAUUUUUUUGGACUGGCUUACGGAUAUUUCUUGUAUAGAAUCCAGACUGCUGAUUAUAAACUGACAAGGAAUUGCGUGAGGAUCGGCUGGGUGUUGGCCUCGUUAUCAUUAAUCACUUCGAUGUUUUCCAUCGGAUUGUUUUAUGGCCUCCGAAAAGAUUACGGUGCGGUAGAGGCAGCUAUUUAUUCUUCGAUGCACCGAGCGCUCUGGAGCUUCGGCACUGGAUGGGUUCUUAUCGCUUGCAUUACAGACAAUUCUGGACCUAUUAGAAAUUUAUUGAAGUGCCGGAUUUUUCAUCCACUCAGUCGAUUGACUUAUUCCGCAUAUUUGGUGAAUGGUCUAGUGGAAUUGCACGGAGUUGCCACUACAAGGACACCUCAACAUCUAGAUAAUUUAAGUCUGCUCGCCAAAGUGCUCUCCCACCUGAUAUUAACUUUCAUGGGUGCCACAGUUCUUUCCCUCAUGUUCGAGGCUCCAAUCCUUAGGCUGGAGAAAGUAUUCCUACGAUCGGUUCUAAAAAAUAGUGACAGGCCCAAAACAUCCAGAGGGACUAUUUCAGAAGAAAGCGUCAGAGAUGAUAAUUGUGAGAUUAGAUAAACAAAAAGUCCAAGUACAAUUGUAUAAUUUAUUACGAAUUAAAGUAUUCAUAUAUUUGAAUAGAUAUUCCAGAAUAUCCAGA